GCUGAUGCUGUCCUCUCUGCCUCUGCCGCACCUUCUCCCUCUCCUUCUCUUCCUUUUCCAGGGUGCCCCGUCUCCUCCUCUUGGCAUCAUCCACUCUCCCAUCGUCGCUGUAUUGGUUGCUGCUUUGUGUUUCGUGUUUACUCGCAGGACGACCCCUCCCACGGUGACAUGUAACCCGAGCUUCAGGUGAACGAUUCUGCUCCGGCGCCUCUCCGUGGAUUGUUCAGAGGGUUGAAAACGAUGCGCUUUGCAGCGAAAAGCUCCAAGUUGCUUUUGCAAGACUCGUGAAACAGGACCCGGUCGCCCCCAAAGAGCGCGUCUGGAUAACGGCACGAUGAUUUGAACGGGCAGCGGUGUGGAUGUAAAGCUGUAGACUAUCUGAGGAUUAUAAACCUGACAUGUGUACACCUAAUGAGACGGUAACCUGAGGUCCAUCCUGAGGAAAAACCAGGAUGCAUUCCAUUGCCUUGGAGCUUUUAGGCAAGACCGAUGUCAGGGGUUGCUGUAAUCCCUCUGCUGCAGGAGUGCUGCUCCUGCUGUGUCUUGGCUUCCCUCCCUCUAUGGCCGCUUGCCCACCUUCCUGCCUUUGUGCCAGUGAUAUAAUUUCCUGCAGCGGAUGCAAUCUGUCUGUGGUGCCCUUUGAUCUACCAGGUUAUGCCACACGGUUGGACCUUAGCCACAACAGACUCACUGCCCUGCGUGUGGGCUGGAUUUCCCAACCACUGCAACGGCUCGUUACGCUGAUUCUCGGCAAAAAUUUCAUAAGAAGCAUUGACGUGAACGCCUUCAAUGUGACACCACGUCUCCUCCACUUGGACCUCUCAUCCAACCAGCUGACAGUGCUGAACUCAUCCAUCUUCACUGGGUUGAAAGAACUGAAGGAGUUGCUGCUGUUUGACAACCAGAUUAUUCAGAUCGAUCCAGGCGCCUUCAGGGACCUCCGCAACCUACAGAGGCUCUACCUCUCUAUAAACAGGCUGUCAAUCUUCCCCCUAGUCAUUUAUGAAGAACCCGAGGGACCUCUAAAUCUGACAUUUCUAGACUUGUCAUAUAACAGACUAACUAAGGUGCCUGUCCAAAGUCUCCUGUCCCUCACUCGCCAAAGAGGAAUUUAUUUGCAGGAAAACCCUUUAGUCUGUGACUGUGCGUUGCUUGCCUUGCUGGAGUAUUGGAUGUGGAAACAGUAUCCCCCUCUACUGGAUUUCAGAGGUGACUACCCAUGUAAAAAAGGAGCAGAGUCAGGAGUUCAUUGUAAGGAGCAUGAAAUGUCAGAUAUGCCCCUUGAGACACAGAUCUACCAAGUAGAGCCUGGUCAGUGGUUAAGAGUGCCAUGCCCAGGGUUGACUUUGCCCGCUCAGGAGGGGCUUGUGGUGUUUUGGGUCACCCCUACAACGGUACUGAAUUCCUCAAACAGCGAUCUAAGUGCCCACCUCGCAGUUCUUCCCAAUGGCACCCUUGAAGUUCGAGAACCGCUGACGGAAGAUUCUGGAACAUAUGGGUGUGUCAUACCCCGCGGACAUAACUACAACCCCAGCCACUCUCUGGAGGUCACAGUGGUAGUUGGAAAUUUAAGCAUUACCUCCACCAGUGGUUCAGCGCAUCGCAGUAGUGCAGAAAAUUUCAACACUGCAUUUACCACCCUGGCUUCUUGCGUGGUCAGCAUCAUAUUGGUGCUCCUCUACCUCUACCUCACCCCCUGUCGGUGUCGGGAUGGCCGCGGCGGGGACUCAAGAGGCUGCGGCGGACGAGCCAUCAUCCUGUGUUCAGACCCCAGAGAAGUGGAGACAACACAGCAGCGGUCAAAUGGGAAGAAGGUGGUUUUCUUAGAGCCUCAGAAUGAAGACUCUGACACUAGCUGCACCAAAAUUGCAGCAGUUAACUUGGGUCAUGUCACUUCCGAGGGCAUUCUUAAAAAUGGAAGUAGGACAGUGGGACAGCCCCUCACAGACGCCACUCACAUGGCAUAGCAAGAAAAAGAACCUUUUGCACAUUUCUGUACAGCGUGAACCCAAGUUUUUUUUUUUUUCACUGUCUUGUUUCAGUACAUCAUGAAAAAAUCCAUUUGAUGUGAGUACUGCACAGUGAUUCUUGUGAAGUAGUUAUGCACUGUGGGGUUUGGGUGUUUGGUCUAAAGCAGAAAAUGCAAUCCUUUUGUGGGCAGAAUUUCAAUUAUGUCUCGACUAUAAGUGGUGUCUGUUUUUUUAAUAUUAAGAGUUCAUAUGGAAAUUUCAGUGUUACCGCAGGAAAUUGUUACAGCAAAGAUCACAAAGAUAGAAAUGUGGGUGGGUUUUUUACAUUGGGCCGAGAGAAAUAUUCACACCUGAUGUGAUGAUCUGUUAGAGGCAGUGGCGGCUGUUGGGUAUUGUGCAUGCAUUUUCAAUGCAUCAUGACCAUUCUUUUAGCAUCUGUCUUGUACUGUGGGGCAUAUUGUCUUUGAAACAUGCCAGUCGUACUUGUGAAUUUAUCUUAAUGUUGUUUAACAAUGUUGUGCAGAUUAAACUAUGUCUGCCAUUCACCUUUAAAAUCUAUAUGAACCUGUAAAAAUUUCUUCUUAGACUAAAAUACACACAAAACCCAUUGUGUUGCUGUUGUUGCAGAAAAAAAACACUUGAUGACCUGUUACAGGGGUGGUUUACUUCAAGAAGAACACAUUUCCAAAAUACACCAUGAUGAUAUAUAGUUGUUAUUGACAUGGCUUUUGUAAAUAAAUGAUGGAUGUAGCUAAAAGUAUGUUAUCCAUAGAUUUGUGGUCUGCCAUUUUGGGGUGGGGGAAAAAAAUCAGUACGGCACAGAGUCACGUGUAUGUAUUGAUAUAGGGACACCAAAUACUGACAUUUCCU